CUGUCAGAGAAUCGCCACGGACUCCAAACAAAGAUCAGUGCAGUGCCAGCUUUGCAUGGCACAGUAAGGAUGAAAAGUGGAGGUGAAAGCACUGAAACACCCACCAUGCCAAGUACAUAGUGCAGCUGUCCGUCAAAAGCGAGGGGGGGAGAAGACUGCCAAAAGACAUCGAAGAAGGUGUUUGGCUUUCACCGUUUUGGAUACGUCGCCGAUCAAGUGGGGCAAGGAUCAAGCCGGUGCAAUUGACAGCUCGCAAUAUGGAAGAGCAAAAGGAUCAAAACAUUCAUGUGGAGAGUAGGGAAUCGAGCGAGGCGGACCGCGUUUCGCUCUCUCCGCCCUUCCAGUCGCCUCAAAUACAGCCCCAUCCAGCGGUGCAGCAGCCGCACAGAAACACUAACUUUUUUAUUGAUAAUAUCUUGAGGCCGGACUUUGGGUGUAAGAAGGAGCGAGACCGGGCGCAGACGUCCGGCAGGGAAAACGUCAAUCCCCUCACCAGGCCGUCAAAUACAUCGAGUCUAAGUGCGGAUUCAGAUUGUAGUGACAGUUCCUCGCAGCCGUCCAAGCAGUCCCAACCAAAGCAAAACGAAGGCGAUGGAACUAAUUCGACAAAGUAUGCAGAAAACACUGGCUCAGCGCUUAUGCUUAUGGGGGCUAAUGCAGAACCUUUAUCCAACACGGAGGGAGUCAAAACGGCAACAUCUGCGACUCUAAUGUGGCCUGCCUGGGUUUAUUGUACAAGAUAUUCAGACAGACCGUCUUCUGGUCCCCGAACUCGAAAACUGAAGAAGAAGAAGAGUGAGAAAGAAGACAAGCGGCCACGGACGGCGUUCACAGCCGAGCAGCUGCAGAGACUCAAAGCAGAAUUCCAAACCAAUCGUUACAUCACCGAGCAGAGGCGGCAAACGUUAGCACAAGAACUCAAUCUGAACGAAUCCCAGAUCAAAAUCUGGUUCCAGAACAAGAGGGCAAAGAUCAAGAAAGCCAGCGGCCUGAAGAACGGCUUGGCUCUCCAUCUAAUGGCCCAGGGACUUUAUAAUCAUUCCACCACAACAAUUCAAGACGAGAAAGAGGACAGUGACUGAUAUUCCGUUUUAUUCUGUUGAAAUAAAGGACUGUGACAGGUGCUAUUUAAAUUGGAUCUGCGUGUAUCUAUAUGGACUGAAUUAUAAUACAAGCAUUUUAAAAUUAUAUAUAACCAAACACAUUAUGACGUUGUAUAUAUUUAAUUUCAGGUAAGGAGAUGCCGAGAGAUCCCUGCUUGACCGAGAUUUUAUCAUUUCCGUUCUCAAUGUUGUCGCUAAUCGUUUUAGUCAAUGUCAGGUCUAGAGAUUUUAUGUGAACCCGGUCUUUUCUGAACUUGUUCAGAAACAUAAACAGACUACGUAAUGAAUCGCCGCUAC